AUGGUGAUGCAAAUACCUAUCACCAGGUCUUCAUCUGAUUUCUUGAUUUGGGCAGCAACACGUGAUGGUAUUUUGACAACCAAAUCUGCAUAUCAUUUCAUUUGUCAUCAGCUGCAGGUGGGUCGCCCUUCAUCAUCGUUGGGCUGUGAUCGGGAUGGUUUGUGGAGGGAUAUUUGGAAACUUAAAUCUAUCCCAAGAUGCAAGGAUAUGGCUUGGCGUAUUUGUCAUGGUUUCUUACCUACUACUCAGUGUUUGGCUCGGCGUGGAGUGCAGUUGGAGCCGGUGUGUCCUAUGUGUGGCGAGGAUGAGGAGUCUAUUGCACAUGCACUAAUUUUCUGUCCUCAGGUGAGCCCCAUAUGGUUUAUGUCCUCCUUGUCCAUGAAUUUCUCAGGACCUCAGCCUGAUAAUUUCACGAUGGAGCAUUGGUUGGCUUCUUUAUUGGACCAAGGGGAUGAUUGGGUGACGGAUAAGGUGCUGACGUUAUUGUAUGCGGUUUGGGCACGCCGUAACCUGUGGGUUUUUUAUCACCGCUGGUUAACUAUGGAGCAAACGCUGAUACGUGUUGCUGCUAUGGAAGUGGUGGCCUUGGACUCGUCGGUGGGUGAUGCACACGACUUAUUGCGCGGGGAAAGACAGGAUAAAUGGAAGGGACCUGCUGUUGGAAUUGCAAAGAUCAACACUGAUGCAGCUUUCAAAGCUGGUGCAGCAGUUGGCAUGGGCAUGGUGGUUAGAAAUGCGGCUGGGGAAGUCUUGGCUUCAGCUUCUGGCAAGCGUGGUGGUGCUGAUUCAGCAGCUGUGGCGGAGGCCAUGGCUUUGAGGUGGUCUCUUGAGUUAGCGUUGGAUAUGGGCUUUCAAGCCGUGGUGGUUGAGACUGAUUGUGCAGUUUUGCAUGGAGCUUGGAAUGUUGCUGCUAGUGAUCGUUCCUAUAUGGCAGCGGUGAUUCGUGAUUGUGUGGAUUUGUCCCGUUUAUUUCGCUCUUUUGAAUUUCUUUUAAUUCAUCGUACUGCAAACUUGGUCGCAGACUUUUUGGCUAAGUUUGCAUUGUCUUCUUUUUGCAAUGUUUGGCUUGAAGAAUAUCCUCCGGGUUUGGAGGGUAUUCUUAUCUCUGAUGUAAGUUCAAGUUCUUCUUAA